ACUCUACUCACAGAUAUUUUUGUUGAAAGAGGUCGAUUUUACAAUACAAAUUCAUUAAUAAUUCUUUAUCUUUUUUUUUAAGUAAGCCAGCGAAUAAAAAUCGAAACAAAAUCGAAAAUUUUAAAUUAAAUCAACAAAAAAGAAGUGGACUCAAAUAAAAUUCAAUUAAACGCAAUUCAUCGUAGUAGUAAAAAAAUGUCAAUCAAUUUUCUCGACACGAAUUUUUUAUUUCCUUUCUCUCCUUUACAAUCGACCACGAAUUGAUUUUGUGUUAAAUAUCAGAAAAUAAAUUAAAUUAAAAAAAAACUUGUGACAAAAUAAUUUGUGUUUAAAUUAACUAAAACAAUAGAAAACAUGCAUUCAUUAAGCUGGACAACGAGAUUGAUCUCACGGGCGCUCCGCAGUGGUUUUUCAACUUUAUUAGAGCCUAGUGCGUCAAGCAAAUCCCGACCACAUUUUGUGUCAGUCGUUUGUGGAUUUCCAAAAGAUUUCCUAACUUCCAAAUACAAACCCGGCAAAUAUGGAGAAGAUUCCUGGUUCAAGGCCUCCACAUCAACUGCAGACGUUUUGGGUGUCGCCGAUGGUGUUGGUGGAUGGCGAAGUUAUGGUAUUGAUCCUGGUGAAUUUUCUUCCUUCCUUAUGAAAACCUGCGAACGUCUAGUCCAUUGUGUUAAUUUUAAUCCACAACGACCAGUAAAUCUAUUAGCGUAUAGUUACUGUGAAUUACUGGAGCAAAAGAAACCUAUCUUAGGUAGUAGUACAGCAUGUGUGUUGGUACUAAAUCGAGAGAAUAGCACAGUGUACACAGCCAAUAUUGGUGAUAGUGGCUUCAUUGUGGUUCGCAAAGGUGAAAUUAUUCACAAAUCCGAGGAGCAACAACAUUAUUUCAAUACACCCUUCCAACUAUCGUUGCCACCACCCGGUCAUGGACAUAAUGUCCUUAGCGAUAGUCCUGAAUCAGCUGAUACCUUAAGCUUCCCAGUGAAGGAGGGUGAUGUGAUUCUAGUGGCAACAGACGGAGUUUUUGAUAAUGUGCCCGAGAAGCUUCUUCUUGAUGUUCUCAAAGAUGUCGAAGGAGUUACCGAUCCCGUGAAACUUCAAAUGACUGCAAAUUCACUUGCGUUAAUGGCACGCUCCUUGUCCUUUGAUAGUGAAUUUAUGUCGCCUUUUGCGAUCAACGCAAGACGAAACAAUAUCAAUGCAACCGGUGGAAAGCCAGAUGAUAUCACCGUGGUACUUGCAACUGUAUCAAUGUGAAAAUAAUUCUGUAAAACCUAUUAGUUUGUAUUUUGUAAAGCAAAUCGAUUUAUGUAACUACAUUCUCACCUCCAAGAACUGGCGUCUUAGCUCUUUGAUAUAUUCGAUUUGCAAAGAGUAUACAAAAAAAAAAAGAUUUAAAAAGCUUUUUUUUCGUACGCUGUAAUUUGAGUUCAACGUCGUUAUUAAUAUUUAGUUUUGUGAUUUUUCUCAUAAUCCUUAACGACUGUUGUUCUCGUUUUUACAAUUUACCGCUCACCUCACCCACUCCCGCUAUUGUAUAUUAUUUUUCUGUUUAUAGUUCUUAAGCUAGUAGUUUUAAGUAAACAUAAUUUAAAAAAAAAGAAAAAAAAAAUUACACAACAAAAAGUAGUUACGAUACAUUUAAAAAUUAAAGGACUGAACGCAAGCACAGAACAUAAAUACAUUUAAAAAAGAGAAAAAAAAACGGAGCUCGCUAUAGAAUGGCAAACAUAAAAAAUAUAGUAGUUAUUAUAUAAAAUUAGAAUUUAGAAAUUUAAAGAAAGAAGAAAAAAAACCUUUAGUUUCAAAUAAGCGAGAUAUAAAAGUAAUGAUAGAAAAGAGUUAUUAACUUUUUUCUGUCUAUACCUUUUACGCUGAGUAAAUCGAACGAGUGCUAUUUUAAAAUUAUUUUAGUUUGGUUACUAUAUAUAUUGCUUCCUAUAAAUGCAAAAAAACGAAAACUUUUUACUUUAAGUAUUUAAAAUUGAUUAAAGACUUUGUUUUUUUUUUUUUAGAUUUUGUUUUCGCAUAAAUGAGUCAAAGGUUUUGCGCGUGUGAGUUGAUAAAUAUCGGCAAAAACUUUAAAUGGAUAGUUAAGGAAUUUUGUGUGUCUAACUUGAAACUGACAAAUUAAAAAAAGAUUGUGUUUUUAACAAAAAAA